CUUCAGCUCUCCAAUUCCAGGCCCAAUACGACUGUACUUUACCUACUGGAAUCCCUAAUUGAGCGUGCCAGCUGAGGUGUAACAGGCCUGCCAAAAUGUCGUCCUUUCCGUUCACCAUUCAAGAGCAUACCAUUGAAGCUUCACAUAUUCGAGAAUACGCCCGCGCUACAGCUCAUUCUCAAGAUGAGAAGCUAUACCUUUCCGUAAAGCAGUACACACCAAAAGAUAACCAGAACCCUCAAAAAGGUGACGUGACUAUCAUCGGAGGACACGCCAACGGCUUCCCCAAGGAACUAUAUGAGCCCCUUUGGGAGGAGUUCUAUCAUGAAUCAAAACGCCGAGGUAUCCGGAUUCGCAGCAUCUGGAUAGCAGAUACAGCAUGGCAAGGCAAAAGCGGUCUCAUAAACCAAGACGCACUUGGCAAUGAUCCAAGCUGGCUCGACUAUGCUCGUGAUAUACUCCACAUGAUAAACACAUUCCGUCCUCCCCCACCGAUAAUGGCAAUGGGUCAUUCCUUUGGCGGAAACGCGCUCACAAACGUUGCCCUUCUUCAUCCUCGCGUCUUCACAUCACUUGUUCUGCUUGACCCAGUCAUCUCCCACUUCGCCUCCACGCCUGGCGCUAGAAGUGCUGGUCCCGCAGCAGCGAGUAUGUACCGUCGUGAAGUAUGGCCAUCGCGCGACGAAGCGGUGGCAUCUUUUAGCCGCAGCCCUUUCUACAAGUCCUGGGAUCCUCGUGUGCUUCAGCGUUGGAUCGACUUUGGUAUCAGGGACGUCCCUGGCGAACAGAGUGUAACUUUGACCACGACAAAACAUCAGGAGAUCUUCACUUUUCUGCGCCCAAGUUGGCCGGCCUACGAUGCUGAGGGCAAGGAUGUGAUUCGCCCUGAACAUACCCCGGAUCUCGAUGCCAGCCUCAAUCGUCGCUGGUCAACAUAUCCCGUCUACCGUCCCGAGGGACCCAAUACCGUUGAACGACUUCCCAACGUACGACCUAGCGUCCUCUACGUCUUCGGUGGCAAGAGUGACGUUUCCCCACCAGAGCUUAUAGACGAGAAGAUGGCGCUCACAGGAACCGGUGUUGGUGGCAGCGGUGGCGCGGCUAAGGGUCGUGUCAAGAAGGUUGUCGGAGAGAAGAAUGGCCAUUUGGUUCCCAUGGAAGAUCCGCGCUUGUGUGCAAGUGCCGCAGCCGACUGGAUCACGGCUGAGCUCGAGAGAUGGUGGGCAGAUGAGCGUCAAUUUGAAGAGUGGGCGAAGAAGUCUAAAGAAGAGAAGACGACCGUUUCGGAGGAAUUUCAAAAGCAUAUAGGCCAGCCUGCUCGGCGGGCUAAACCUAGCCCAAAGGCAAAGAUAUAAAGAUAAAGCGAUGUUUCUUUGACAACAUAUACAGAUAAUGUGCAAAGCUUACAAAAGACAA